AUGCGAAAACAAGCAGAUGUGGCAUUCAUUUUCUGCAAAUUCAUGUUUUCGAGAUCCAAACCACGUGCAGGAAAGGGUCGCUGCACACUUGUACACUCUCAGCUGAGAAUCAGGAUAAGGCUCGCCGCAGACUCCUACUCUUUGGCAUCUCUAAAUCUGCCAACCCGCCAAGUAGCUCAAGACCCUUGUCCACGCUCAUCCCGGAACAUCGCAAUCUCAAUCAGGAAGAAGGAGAACAGGAAACCUUCGUGGUCGGGAGCUAUGGCAGCAGUGUCGACGACGCGUGCCUUGUGUGCUCCUGCAUUGGCAAGUCCCAUCUUCAGGGAUCCCGCGUCUCCGUUCUUGUGCGGGAAUGCUGUGGUCUCAAUUCCUCCUCGAGCUGCUACCCCGGCAACUGCAAACAAGUGUGGGGUGCGGUGCCAAGCAAGCGAGAAAGAUGAAGUGACGGUAACUCGAAGAAAUAUCAUCAGUCUAUCUGCUUCACUUGUGGCAUCUGGUGUCUGGACCUCGACUUCUGGAUGUGACGAAGCGCAGGCUGCUGACAUUAUACAGAGGCAACAACGUGGCAUUUUUCUCACGAGUGUGAAAGACAAGCUCAGAGUGGAGAUAGGGGCAAAUCCCGAUAUUAUUCCAGAUCUUCUCAAGUUGGCGCUCAAUGAUGCCUUAACCUAUGACAAGGACUCAAAGACUGGUGGGGCAAAUGGUUCUAUUCGUGCAGAGCUGAACAGGCCAGAGAACAAAGGACUUGACAAGGCAAUGAACUUCUUGGAAAAUAUCAAGAAGAGUAUUGACGAAGCCGCUGCAACUAAGGGUGGUCCUAUUUCAUAUGCGGACCUUAUUCAUAUUGCUGCACAAGCUGCUGUGAAGCGUACCUUCAUCCAAUCAGCGGUUCGCAAGUGCGGUGGUGACCAGAAAAAGGGAGAGCAACUGUACACCGCUUAUGGCUCAACAGGGCAGUGGGGACAAUUCGACAAGUUGUUGGGCCGAGCUGAUGCUGGGGAGGCUGAUCCCGAAGGUAGGGUACUGUCAUGGGAAACUGCCUCAACUGCCGAGAUUAAGGAUAGAUUUGCUAAAUUGGGCAUCAAGCCGAGACAGAUUGCUGUCCUAUCAGCUUUCUUGGGACCUGAUCAAGCUGCAACAGAAGUGAAUCUAGCUACAGAUCCUGAUUUUGCACCGUGGGUGAAGAAGUACCAAGACAGUAGGGAUACAGUCUCACAGACCGACUACGAGGUGGACUUAAUUACAACAUUUACGAGGUUGAGUGUCAUCGGCCAAAAGAAUAUCAACUACGAAGCAUAUUCGUACAAACCGAAAGGUGCUCUCAGAUUCUAGACAGAUGGUCUUGCUCUUGCUGCUCAACGUCUCAAUAAUGCCUACAGGUUAAAAGCUAUUACAGUACAGAUCAGUGAGUGUUGAGUAGUCUGAAAUCCUUGAGGUGAAUGCCUCCGGAAAUUUUGUUGAGUUUUUCUCUACCAGGUCUGUGCACAAGAAUUAGCUUCAUGUUGCACUCUGAAUUUAAUCUGCUCCUUUCAAUUCCACGCUGAAGUAAACAAUGAUGCGAAAUCCUGAUUCGUUGUUUA